AUGAAUUUGAUUACAUUUUUCUCUUGAUUGUGUUAAAUGUGUUUGAUAUCUCAGCUGUUGGAUACCUCCUUGUGCUGAACUUAAGAGGUUCAUUAAGAAAAGAAUGCUCUUGUGCAAGUAGAAUUGGUUCAUGUUAUUGUGGAUCUAACUACCGCGUGUCAUUACACAGAGAAAAAAGUUGAUGUGAUUGACAGAUUUUUAUUCAUGUUUGUUUAUACUUUUGUUCCCAUUUAGCUACUUUUUCCAAUGUAUCCCUACCUAAGACAUUUACCAACUCUAAUUGCCAUCAUUAGAGUCAUUGUUGAUUGUAGUUGGUGACUGCCUAUUUUAUUGUUUCUCGAAAUUAUCACUACUUUUUCCUGUUUUUGUGUUGUUUCAGCUUUUGGUGCUAUCAUUAGUUGUCUAUCUUCCAUUAAACGGGGAUGAGAAUGUGGGAAUGCCUACAACAUGUGUGGAAAAAUUCAAGCUACUGUCAAGAAACCACUCCUUAAUAGGUUUAGGGAUCAUAUAGUUGAAGGACAAGUUUAUAGAAUGGCAUAUUUUAGUGUUGUGUCAAAUCAUGGUAGUUAUAGAGCAACUUCCCAUGAAUUCAAAUUGGUUUUCCUUCACCGAACCACUGUUGUAGCUGUUGAUGAAGAUGUUAUCCCUAAGACUUGUUUCAACAUGUUUCCUUUUUCUGAGCUGCUGAACAUGACCCAAGAUUAUGAUUUUUUAGUUGAUGUCAUUGGACUUUUAACUUCAGUUGGAGAAGAGAAAGAAUAUGCAAGAGAGGGAAAAAUUGUGAAAAUGAUUGCAUUGGAAUUAACUUCAAAAGAUCUUACAGUGAGAUGUGCAUUGUUUGGGGAUUAUGUUAAUCAAGUAAAUCAUUUCCUUGCCUCUGGGUAUGUGGAGCAGCCUGUUGUAGUUAUUCAACUUGCAAAAGUCAAGUUCUUUCGGGGUCAAGUAGGUCUUCAAAAUGUGAUGUAUGCCACUCAAAUGUUAUUUAAUCUUGAUAUUCCUGAAGUUGUUGAAUUUAGGCAGAGGAAUCUGGAGUAA